AUGGGACUUGGAUCAUCAAAGUUCGAGAAAGACCUUCUCAAUACUAAUAUAUCAGAGGAUGAACGAUUCUAUGGAUUAGAGAAUUUUGGCAAUACAUGCUAUUGCAACUCAGUAUUACAGGCAUUGUACUUUUGUAUACCAUUCCGUAAUUCUAUACUACAAUAUUACACAAAGAACAACUUACAUAUUGCAGCCAAUCGAAGGAAUAUGGAGGACAGUCUCCUCCUGACCCUGGUCGACCUCUUUGUCAACAUCACCUCACAGAAGAAACGAACAGGUGUCGUGCCUCCCAAGAGGUUUGUCGACCGUCUUCGCUAUGAGAAUGAGAUGUUCAGAGGACACAUGCAUCAAGACGCUCAUGAGUUCUUGAAUGUAUUGCUCAACUCUGUUGCAGAGUCAUUACAGAAACAUACCAAGCAGCAACAACAACAACAGCAGCGACUGAUGCAGCAGACACCAAUGAUGACACAGAGCUUGAACAGCUCGGGCACAUACAGCCAGAGCCUGCAGAGUUCUGGUCGCAGCAGUUUGAACAACAGCAACAACAGUGUAAAUAUAUACAAUAACAACCAUGGCAGCAGCAAUAGCAUCAGCAAGCUAUCGACCACCUCUUCAUCAGUCUCGACGGCCAACCAACACCAAAGGACCGACAGCUCGACCAGCGAGACGGCCAGCGUCACCACAUCAAUCCCCAAGACAACAAGCGAUACACCAGACAAAGAUAUUAAAACGUUCAUACAUGACAUCUUUGAAGGCACAUUGACCAAUGAGACAAAGUGUCUGACAUGCGAGUCUGUUACAAACAAGGACGAGUCAUUCUUGGAUCUUAGCAUCGAUAUUGAUCAGAACACAUCAAUCACGAGUUGUCUGUCCAACUUUAGCUCCGUGGAGAUAUUGUCCAAGAAUGACAAGUUCUUCUGUGACAAGUGCAUCUCGUUGCAGGAGGCGCAGAAGCGAAUGAAGAUCAAGAAGCUGCCCAACACGCUCAUCAUCCAUCUCAAGCGAUUCAAGUUCAUCGAGAAGAUACAACAGUACAAGAAGCUGAACUAUCGAGUCGUCUUCCCAUUCGAGAUAAUCAUUCAGAAUACUACUGGUGAUAUAGAGGAGCCAGACAAGAAGUACAACUUGUUUGCCGUUGUCAUACACGCUGGCAAUGGACCCAAUCAUGGACACUACACUUGCAUGGUCAAAAGCAAUGAUCAUUGGAUUGGAUUCGAUGAUGACAACAUGGGAAUCGUCAAUGAAUCAGACAUAUUCGAUAUAUUUGGAUCGUCAACAGAGUAUUAUGGAGGCAAUGAAUGUGGCUACCUGUUGUUCUAUCAAUCAGCAUCCACUAGCACAGUGACACAGUUCAAGCCUCCACCACCUCAGUCCUCAUCAUAUAUUCCAUCUACAUCGACCUUUACCAGUUACCUCUAUGGUGGAAAUAAUAACUGA